CGGGCGGGGCUCGGAUUUAAAUGUCGCGGCGGGCCCGGCGGCCGGAGCGGCAGGACGCGCCUCCGUGUCGUGUCCCGGCUUUCGCAGGCGGCGGCGGCGGCGGGAUCGGCGGGCCCCGAGGCGGGCGGGCGGCGGCGCCAUGUCCCCGGGCCGCGGCGUGAAGAGCGAGUACAUGAAGCGCUACCGGGACCCGCGCUGGGCCGAGUACGCGCCCUGCUACCGGGAGCUGCUGCACUACCGCCGCGGCCGCCGGCUGCUGGAGCAGGCGCACGCGCCCUGGCUCUGGGACGCCUGGCGCCCCGCGGGCUCCUCGGACGACUCGGGGUCCUCGGCGUCGUCGGGCGCCGGGAGCCCCGCGCCCCGGUGCGCCUCGGCCUCGCCGCCGCCGCCCGCGGAGGGGCCGGCCCAGCGGACGCGCGGGUCCCAGGAGGAGCCGGCCGCGAAGGCCGCGGAAGCCGGGGACGCGGAGGCCAGGGACGCGGAGGCCGGGGACGCGGAGGACACGUCUGUGCCAGAAAAAGCAUCGCCAGGAAAAGGCGUGAAGAAGAAGCCUGAAGAGGAGAUCGGAGUGGCAGGGGCGGGCACGGGCACGGAGCGCCUGCCCGGCGGCACCAAACCGCGCCAGCAUCCCAGCGCCUUGUUCGCCAGAGGCAGCAGGAAAGCGCUCCGAAGUCCUCAGAGGCCGUCAAGUAAAACGAGAGAAAACAAGCAUCCCUUUGCCCUGUACGGGUGGGGGGAGCGACGGACGGACACAGGGAGCCAAAGAACACACAACGUCUGUGCUUCCGCGCCCGUGCACGAGAUUCACGAGUCGGCGCUACGGGCCAAGAACAGAAGGCAGGUGGAAAAGAGGCGGCUGGUGGCUCAGAGGCAGCGGGCGCACUCGGUGGACGUGGAGAAGAGCAGGAGGGCCAAGCCGGCCGCCUCGGAGAGCCCGUGGGUCACGGAGUACAUGCGAUGCUACUCGGCCCGCGCGUGACGGGGGAGGCCGCUGGCACCGCCUCCUUGAGAAGCACCAAUAAAAGAGAACAAACUAUCAAAACUGCAAACAUCAGAAGGACCAGGACGUGGGUGUGAGAAACCAGCCCCUGGUGCCAGGUUCCUUAGGGGGUUCCCUAAAGAUGCUGCCCUUUGGGGGCGCCCCGGGCCCCGGCCUGGGCAGCAGGCGACCGCGAAGCCAUCGACGUUUGCUUCUUGACGAAGAUAACGCCCUACGUCUUUGCUCUCCCUGUGCGGGUUUCGUCUCAAAGCAUCUUAAUCUUUUCAGACAUCGACACCCAAUGCCUUUAAAAUGGCUAGAGAUGCUUCAGACUCGGUAUUUUUUCCCGGGAGUUUGGGGCAGGCGGGGCCUCCUUCGUCCCUACCUGAGCAGCUUUUCCAGAUUCCACGGUAGAUCCUCCCGUCGUUGGCAUCAGACUCACGGUGCUGGCGUGAGCCAGUGUCACGUCCACGGGAGUCUCGGCAGGAACGUGGAUCCGCGUGUCACGCAGCGGGAACCUGCGUCGUGUUUCGGUUCAGCACCGCGGGCGGCUGUGAUCGCGACGAGUUUCCUGGGCUCGGGGAGCGUCCGCUGUCCUCAAGCCACCGCGUGGGCGCCUGUCAUUUCGCAGGUCAGAUGCGUUCCAGGGUGCGGAGCGGACGCUGGCGUGUCCUGGGAGUCAGACCGUCUGUCGUUUUGCUUUUUUAUUGUGAGAUUUUCCUAGAGGCGGACCCCUCUCUCCCGUGACCGUGGGCGUGGCAUUCAGGACGGCCUGGAAUCCCAGGGAGUAAACGGAGCCGGUCUUGCUUGCUUGUGGGGGGUGAGGGGCCGUCAGUCAGGUGCCCUUCGGGAUGCCCCCCCACCCCUGAACUUCUCGACUUUUCCCUCCACGGACCUCACCGAUGGCGAAGCGUGACCGUGGCACAUUCAGGCUCCGGUUGGAAUCCAUUCCUAGCCAGCAGGCCUCAUGCAGAACGGUGUGUGGGUGUCCGUGGGAGGCUGUGCAGGAAUGAAGGGCUCCGUCUCGCAGUCCACUUGCUUUUGGGGAAGAAAGAGUGGUUUUAGGAAACCCUGGCUCCCACCCGGCGGAGGGUCUACAGGAGGGAUGGGUGCUGAAUCCCGUGGGCAGGGGAGACGGGUGCCUGGCCAGCCGGGCGCCGGGAGGGUGUGGAGGCGAAGCUGGUGUUGGGUGCGAGGUGGAGCGUUUUCCUGGUUCUUCUCCUCUCCUCUGGGUCUUUGCAGGAUGAUGCUCGCUCUUUAGAACACACGUGUGUCUUAUUCCACAUAAAACUUCACAUGAUGUCGACUGACAACGGUGUUAAGCUUUGGAAACUCCUACGGAAGGGCCAGGAGCUUUUAUUUAUUUUUUUAAAAAGACUUUGAAGCUGGUGUGGGGGCGUUUUGAGGGGAGUCACUGGGCAGAGCGCGCUCCUGCUCGGUGAGGGGUGAAUUGAACAGGAGGAGGCUCGCUGGGGUCCGGCGCGGCCCUGCGAGGGGUGCUGGUCGCUCUUGCUGUGGCCGUUAAAGCCCUGAGACCCUGCAAGGACUGGGGGUGCGGUGUCGCCGAUGGUCAGGCCACCCCCUGCUGUCCGGGUUCGGGGUUAGCCAUUCCGCCCAAGUGCUUAUGUUGCAACUGACAAUCUUAGGGAAGAGAUCCCUCCCACCCCCCCAACUCCGCACCUGCACCCCGACAGACUGCCUUAGAAACCCAGCUUCCCGCCCGGCCAGUGUGGCUCAGUGGGUGAGCGUCAACCUAUGAACCAGAAGGUCACGGUUUGAUUCCCGGUUGCAGACUCCAUACCCUGUGUGGGGCGUGCAGGAGGCAGCCGAUCCAUGGUUCUCUCUCAUCAUGGAUGUCUCUCUCUCUCUCUCCCUCUCCCUUCCUCUCUGAAAUUAAUAAAAACAUUUUUUUUUUUUUAAAGAGACCCAGCUUCCUCCAGGCUUUCAAUAAGCCACACCCCUUCCUUCAGGAAACACUUGUAUUUAAUGAGCUUACUCCUGACAGCCCAGGGGGUGAUCUGGGAAAACCUAGAGGGCAAUACUGGCCAUUUCCCACCUUCUCCUCACCCCAGGAUAUUUUCCCAUUGAUUUUUAGAGAGAGUGGAAGGGACAGGGAAGGACAGAGAGAAACAUCGAUGUGAGAGAGACAUCAAUUGGUUGCUUCCUGCACAUGCCCUGACCAGGG